UGCUAGCUAUGAAUGAAGCGGACACGGCAGCGUAUAUGUUGAUGGGAAACAUUUAUGCGAGCAGAAAUAUGUGGACCGAGAAAGCGGAGAUCGUCCAACGCAAGUUUCUAAAAGUUUGAUCACCUUUAAUUCCCUUUUCCAAAAAACGAAGAUCAUCUGAAGUUAUUUUUGGAGUCCCAGCUGUUAUAAAAUGACCCCAAGCUCUCGAGAAAAUCUCAAGGAAGGAGAAAGGAUGAGGCUUGCGAGUUUGCUCCUCGUCUCCACUCUGUUCGUUGCAUGCUCCGCGAUCAGUGGGGAUCCGCCGGUUCAGAUAUGUAUCAACGACGUGACGGUGAACAUCUCGAACUAUCUCCGCUACACGCACAGCAUCGAUCCUCGGCUCGACACUUACAACUACACGGAGGACUACACAGCGCCGAUGUCGGAUCCUCCUCCAGCUAUUGUUCCAGCCAGCUUUGCUGCAGCGGCUAGCAAGAUUCACCUGCUGGAAGGAUCUUCGCUCCACAAAGUCCGGAUCGACGCCGACUCGCUACAAGGCAAGGGCCAGCAGACGAAUCUCGAGUACCUUCUCAUGCUGGACGUGGAUAGUCUGGCCUAUAGCUUCCGCAACAAUUCGGGAUUGCCGACAAAGGGUGUUCCUUACGGAGGAUGGGAGGCUCCAGACCAAGAGCUCAGAGGACACUUCGUUGGGCACUACUUGAGUGCCACUGCAAAGAUGUGGGCAAGUACACACAAUGAGGAGCUGAAACGGAGGAUGGAUCAUCUCGUGGAUAUACUAGAUGAGUGCCAGCAAAAGAUUGGGACUGGUUACUUGUCAGCGUUUCCUCUCAACUUGUUCACUCGUUUCGAGACGUAUCGUCCAGUAUGGGCUCCGUAUUACACCAUCCACAAGAUAAUGGCUGGACUUUUGGAUCAGUACACCGAGGCAGGCAAUAUGAAGGCUCUCCGAAUGGUCAUUUGGAUGGCACAGUAUUUCUCAAAACGUGUGGAAAACUACAUCGAGAAGUACAGCAUUCAAGCUCACUUCCAAGCGCUAAAUGAAGAAACUGGUGGCAUGAAUGAUGUUCUCUAUGACCUCUAUAAGAUCACGGGUGAUCCACAACACUUGAAGCUUGCUCAUCUCUUUGACAAGCCAUGCUUCCUUGGUCCAUUGGCUCUGCAGCAAGACACACUGUCGGGUUUCCAUGCCAACACUCAUAUCCCAAUACUGAUAGGUGCACAAAAGCGAUACGAGCUAACCGGAGACCAAGUUUCCAAGGAGCUGGUCACAUUUUUCAUGGAUGCUGUCAACUCGUCGCACCGCUUCGUCACCGGAGGAACCAGCGAUAAUGAGUUUUGGAAGGAUCCCAACAGGAUGGCUUCCUCGCUUGGGAAAGAUGUGGAGGAGUCGUGCUCGAGCUACAACAUGCUCAAGAUCGCCAGAAACUUGUUCAGGUGGACGAAGGAGGCUAGCUACAUGGAUUACUAUGAGCGGCUUAUACUCAACGGUGUUCUCACCAUCCAGAGAGGAGAACCCGGAGUGAUGAUUUACAUGCUUCCUAUGGGCCCUGGAAUGGCUAAAACUUCCAGCACUAUGGGAUGGGGAGAUCCGUUUGAUUCGUUCUGGUGCUGCUAUGGAACUGGCAUUGAGUCGUUCUCAAAGUUUGGAGACUCGAUUUACUUUGAGGACUAUGGUGUGAGGGACGAGAAUCCAGGAGCACAGCGGCCAAUCCCAGCACUUUACGUCGCGCAAUUCGUUCCAAGCACACUGGAAUGGGACUCGGCCGGUCUCAUACUUAAGCAGACCGUAAAACCACUGACCUCGUUUGAUCCGGUCAUGGAGGUCACCAUUCAUCUGCACGAGAAUCCAAAAGCAACUAUUGAAGAAACAAGCCCGUACCACAAGCUGAUCAACACCUUGUACGUUAGAAUUCCGUCGUGGGUGGCAAGCGGCUACGAAGCGUAUUUCAACGACGAGCCACAAGAUAUCACGCCGGGAUCGUUCUUGGCGAUCCAGAGAGAGUGGAAGGCCGGCGACAGACUGACAUUCAAGUUCCCAGCAGAAGUGAGACUAGAACACAUCCAAGAUGAUCGGGAGGAACACCAGAGCUUGAACGGGAUCAUGUUUGGACCAUUCGUGCUGGCCGGUUUAAGCCACGGUGAAUUCGACUUGGGCCCCGUCGACACCUCGUCUCCAAGCGACUGGAUCACUCCGGUGAAUCCCAGCGACAACGAUCUCUUGUACACUUUCCGGAUGGGAGACUACCAGCUGGGACACAAGCACCGCACCGUGACGAUCGACUCGGCCAGCACCAACGGCACAGACUGGGACUUCCAGGCCACUUUCAAGGUGAUAUCUUCUUCGUCUCCAUCGCUCGCUGCUAGCAAGCAUUCCGGACUGGUGGGAAGAGUGGUCUCUCUGGAACUCAUGGAUCAGCCAGGAAGGAUCAUCGCCCACUCCGGGAUCAACAAGAACUUGGUGGUGGUGGACACUUCCCAGUUCGCGGACAGCACGAACUACUUGUCUCAGGCGAACUUGGGAUUCAAGGUGGUUCCAGGGCUGGCGAGCGAUAGAUUGGUGUCGUUUGAGUCGCAAGAUCUCCCAGGCUGCUACAUCUACGUCGACGAUUGGAGAGUUCCGGCGCAGCUCAAGUGUAGAAGCAAAGAGAACGAUGGAUUUGAUGCCAAGGCGAGCUUCAAGGUGAGCCAGGGAUUGAGGAGCUAUCAUCCGUUGAGCUUCGUCGCGACGAGCCAAGGCUUGAGGAAUUUCUUGCUCUUCCCGCAGCUGGCUUACAGGGACGAGCACUACGCUAUCUAUUUUGAUAUGGUAUAGUCGUAUUGUAUAGUUUGAUAUGAUCUAGAGAGAUGUAAAGGUUUUGAGA